AUGUCUUCUUCUGAUAAUGAGCCGCGCUCUUCAAGGAGGACAGGGAAUACACGAAGAAUUCAGAGGCCAAGCUUGACGCAGGUUCCUCAAACAGCUCGAAGAGCAGGAACACAACCGACGUAUUCGGCGUCACAGCCUGUAGAAAUUUUGGAGGAAGAUGAGCGCAGCUCCUCGCCGCAGAUUCAGGUGCUGAACGGCAGCAGAACGCUCACUAUACGGCAUCUAGCUCGCCAUCUGCUCCAUGCUUCAACGACCGAGAGGGACGGCGCGCUAAGGAACGCCCUUGCACAAAAAAUGCAUUUUCUUUCGAAACACGAGUAUGCUCAUGCUCUAAGGGAAGCCAGUGCAGUCCUGCAGCGAUCAUUUGGAUGCAAGGUAGUACAGAAUAACAAUCAGUCUCACGUUGUACGUGAUCAAAAAAUAGAGCAGAACUACCCACAGGAUACUUUGGCUCAAGCGAAAAGAGGACUGCUUUCUGCCAUUCUCAUGUUCAUUUUCGUUUCGAAGAGCAAAAAGUCGAAUAUUAGCUGUGUGACAGAAUCCAUGCUCCUCAGUUUCUUAAGUGGCCUUGGUCUCAACUACGAUAAACCUGAUCCUGUUUUUGGCGACAUAAAGAAGCUUAUUUCUCCAGCACCCGCGGCCGAAUUCAUCCAUGAGGGAUAUAUAUCCUUCGCAAAAUCCACAGAUCGUUCUGAAACUCAAGUAUUCACCUACGAUUGGGGUCCUCGAGCUCUUCUUAUUUGUGAGCCUAAGGACAUACUGAAAUCGUUCUGCACCAUCGUGAAGGAUGAUGAUGUGGCUUCGUGGACGGACCAGCAAGAGACUGUGAAAUUGACAGAGAAAGAACUACAGAAAAUUCUGUCAAGUUCGGAGCAGUACUUGCGCGGAAGAAGAUGAGCAAGGAAAGCUUGACUCAAUUUCACUUUCUUAUGCCUGAUCUCAACAAAACCUGUCAUUACAACCGCGUGAUUUUGGGUAAUUAGAGAAAAUUCUGUUGAACAUACUCUAGGAGAAAGUGCUUUUUUUAUAGUAGCAGCUUAUAUCACAGUGUUUCUAUUUCUAUGUUAUUUACCACUAUGUAUCAUCACAAUACAAUUAUUAUGUAGCAUCGCUUUUCAUUUCUUUCAUCAAUAUCAUUAUUUUCU